AUGGCUUCUUCGCCCCAGAAGUCCCCGUCUUCCCCAAAAUCCCCCACUCCAAAGUCGCCGUCCUCCCGAAAGAAAGAUGACUCCUUCUUGGGAAAACUUGGAGGAACUUUAGCCAGGAGGAAAAAGGCUAAAGAAGUUUCAGAUCUCCAGGAGGAAGGAAUAAACGCCAUCAAUCUUCCUCUGAGCCCCUCCCACUAUGAGCUGGACCCCGAGGACACCAUGCUCGAGGAAAAUGAGGUUCGCACAAUGGUUGACCCCAACUCAAAGAACGACCGCAAACUGCAAGAGCUCAUGAAGGUGCUGAUCGACUGGAUCAAUGACGUUCUGGUCGGAGAGAGGAUCAUUGUCAAAGACCUAGCUGAAGACUUGUACGAUGGACAGGUGUUGCAGAAGCUCUUUGAAAAACUGGAGGGAGAAAAGCUAAACGUGGCAGAGGUGACUCAGUCAGAGAUCGCUCAGAAACAGAAGCUGCAGACCGUGCUGGAACGAAUCAACGACUCUCUCAAACUCUCCACCAGAAACAUCCGCUGGACCGUCGACUCUGUCCAUGCAAAAAGCAUUGUAGCUAUUCUGCACCUGCUUGUGGCUGUGUCGCAGCACUUCCGGGCGCCCAUCAGGCUACCCGACCACGUGUCCAUUCAGGUGGUGGUGGUGCAGAAACGAGAGGGCAUCCUCCAGUCCAGACAGAUCCAGGAGGAGAUCACUGGGAAUACAGAGGCUUUUUCUGGCCGACACGAGCGUGAUGCCUUUGACACUCUUUUUGACCAUGCCCCUGACAAGCUCAACGUUGUCAAAAAGACACUCAUUACAUUUGUCAACAAACAUCUGAACAAGCUCAACCUCGAGGUGUCGGAGCUGGAUACACAGUUUGCAGAUGGCGUUUACCUCGUCCUCUUGAUGGGGCUCCUCGAGGGAUACUUUGUGCCACUAUACAACUUCUUUCUGACACCUGAGAAUUUUGAUCAAAAGGUCCACAAUGUGUCCUUCUCCUUUGAGCUGAUGCAGGACGGAGGCCUGGAGAGGCCCAAGCCCCGCCCAGAGGAUAUUGUCAACUGUGAUCUGAAGUCCACGCUCCGAGUCCUCUACAACCUCUUCACCCGUUACAGAAAUGUGGACUGA